AUGUCUGAUAAGCCCGACUCCCAAGUAUUUUGUCCAAAUUGCAAUGAAAGACUUCAAAAGUGUUUAGUACAGCAAAAUUAUGCCAUUAUAAUAUGUCCCAGCUUAGUCUGCGGCUACCCAUUCAAUCAAAGAGAAGUACUCGAAAAUCUAACGUAUGUAGACGAUAAUGACGUCUUAAAAGUUGCAAAAAAAAGAUUAUCUUCACGAAGCAAACCAUAA